GGGAGACAACAUAAUAUCAAGUGUAUCAGCUAUGGAAUACAGAAAGUGUUUUGUUCCUACUUGCGAAAAUGAUUCAGUAAACAACCCCAACAAGAUCUUUGUUCGUAUUAGAGAAGAUUUGCGAAAAAAAUGGUGUUCUGAAGUAAACGUAGAAUAUUUCAAAGUUCUCCUAAUGUAUUGUUGUGAAGAUCACUUUGAACCGACGGAGGAUUUGAUGAACUAUUAUAAAGUGAGAUUUAUGAAAGAUGAACCAAAACUCAAACGUACAGCCAAGCUGCGCAAUAUCAGUAUGUUAAGCGAGCAUUCACGUGAAUUGCAAGCAAAAGACUGUGAAUUACAAAAACUGUUAUUGCAACCUAGCACUAACACAACAGCAAAAAAAAGAAAAUGUGAAGACCUAGUAGUCCCCAGAACGUCUUCAACUUGCACAUUACCUGUGAAGGUACAUGCUGCAACACAGUGUGAAGUGGAAAUGGUUGAUAAGAGUACAAAUUAUACAACCAGUACACUGACUACAGUUCAAGACGUUUCUCCAGCUGCUACUUCUUCUCUAUUUGGUUAUACAGAAAUGGAAGAAUCAACUAUCAACAAGGCAAAAACAGUAUUGCAAAGUAGAAAACUAUUUUUAGAUAAAAUGUUUAGGAAACCUAAGUUGUACCUAGGAUUGCCCAAACAAUAUUUGUGGCUUAUUGAUUACUUAGUACAAAAAAACACACAACAAAUUGAUUCUCUAUGUCUUAUAGUAACUUUGCUUAAAAUAAAACAAAAUGAUUCACUUGAAAGAAUAAGUGAUGAACUUGAACUUUCCAGAAAUAAACUUGCAACAAUGAUUUUGACUGGUAUAGAAGUUCUAGGUAAUUUUUUUCAAUAUCUAAUUUUCAAUCCACAUCCAAAAGAAAUGAAAAAAAGUCUUCCACUUGUUUUUAGAAUAACAUAUUCAAAUGUUGAAAUGAUUAUCAACUGCCUUGAAAUACAAAUUACAAAACCUUUUGAUCCCAUUAAACAAGCACAAACAUGGUCACACUGUAAAAACUGCAACACUGUUAAAUACUUGAUAGGUUGCACCCCUAAUGGUCUAGUAAGUUUCAUAUCGCAAGGUUAUGGAGGCGGAAUAUCAGACAAAGCUCUUGUCGAACAAAGUAACUUGGUGGAUAUUCUACAGCCAAAUGCUGUUGUCUUGGCUGCCAGACGUUUCAAGGAUGUUGAAGCACUUUUCAAUUCACGUGGAAUGAAACUUCUGCGCCCACCUAGUAUUCAGAAUGGAAUUAAGCAGUCACAAGCUGAAAUACUUCAGAGUAAAGUUAUGGCAAGUUUAGUACAUGUAGGGAGAGUAGUCAGACGUAUCAGAGGAUUUUCACUGCUUAAACAACACCCUGUUAACUCCAAAUAUGUGCCAUAUUUGGAUGAGAUUGUUGUUAUAGCUUGUGGACUUGUUAAUUUACAAGAGUUAAGUGGAAAGGCAUUUUAUUUCAAUAAGAAAAUAUCUCACACCAUCAAGGGAAGCUCCCAGGAUGCCAUUUAUGACUCCCAACUUACGUUCAAGUUCUGA